AUGUUUUCGCCUGAUGACCUUCCAUACUUCGAUCCCCAUACAAAGCGACGCGUUUGCUUCAUCUCUGGAGGCAACAGCGGCAUAGGCUAUUACACGGUUCUCCACCUGUACUUGCACGGCUACGUUGUGUAUCUGGGUGGCCGUAACAAGAACCGCGUGGAAACCGCAAUACAAUCGCUGAAGCAGGAGGCAUUGACACGCAGAAAAGAUCCGCGCCAGGCUCUUGGCGAGCUCUACUUUCUGGAAAUCGAUCUGCUCAACCUCAGCUCUGUUGAGAAAGCAAUGGCAGAGUUCAAAACAAGGGAGAAAACCCUUCAUCUGCUCAUCAACAAUGCUGGCAUCAUGGCCGUACCAUUUUCGCUUACCAAAGAUAACUUUGAAAUCCAACUACAAACAAACUACAUCUCGCAUUUUCUCAUCACCAAUAGGUUGCUUCCAUUGAUGCUAAACCCAUCUCUUGUCCAAGACCCCAGAAUUAUCUACAUAAGUUCUGUCGGCCACUGGUUCACUUUCUUCCCUUUCAAGAUGGACUACCAGUUCAACUAUCGUCCUAAUAUCAUUUUCACGUGGUUCAGAUACGGUCUGGCGAAGACUGCUGGGAUGCAGUUUAUCAACAGGGUUGCAAAAAUCCACCCGCAAAUUCUUUGUGUCUCUGUACACCCUGGUUUCGUCAUGAACACAAAUCUCUUCAGCCACUUUACGCGAUUACCAUUUAUCGGAUUGCUAUUCUGGGUUUUCUUCCAGAUAUUUGGCUACUUUUUCGGUAUUUCAAAUGAGGAAGGAUCUUAUGCAACACUAAAAUGUGCGCUGAGUGACGAAUUGACACCACAGAAAGAUAACGAGAAAUUCUUUGUUUCCUAUGGAAAAGAGCACCAACCUAGCUAUCUCGCAAAAAGCUCUUACUACGCCGCAAAUAAUUGGGCCUGGACAGUGGCAGAGCUAGAAAAAAGAGGCAUCAAAAUCUGA